UUCUGGGGUAGGUUAUAAUUGUGAUAAUUUAAAUUUUUAUAAUUAAUUAACAAAAAAUAUUAAAAUGUGUGUAAAUUUUCUUUUUAAAUUUCAGAAUAAGAAAAUUAUUACAUUAUUAUUAUUUAUAUGAAGAAAAUAAUGAAAAAAGAGAAAACGAGUGAAAAUUCAUUAUUAGAAACAAACAAUUUUCUAUUUAUUUAGUGCCAUGCAAAGAGUAAAACUGAUCGUUCUCGGAGCGGCUGCUGUUGGGAAAACAUCCAUCAUUAAUCAAUUUGUAUGGAACGAAUAUACAGAAGACUAUUCUCCAACAGAGAUGAAGCAAACAUUCUAUCCUACAGUAUACAUAAACGAGCAUUUAUACGAAUUAAUGAUCAUAGAUCUACCCGUCAUCUCCUACUUUCCAUCAAAUACAUAUUACGAAUGGAGUGAAUUCCAGUCGUGGGGAUUGAGAAGCGCUUCGGCUUAUGUUUUAGUUUUUGAUCUAAACGUUCCCGAAACGUUUCAGUACGUUAAAUUUAUACGCGAUCAAAUAUUCGAUAGCCGAAAUAUGCAUAAUAUUCCAGUUUUUGUAGUGGGCAAUAAGCACGAUCUGUGCGAAACCCGCGAUAGAAGAGACAUUGCCACUUUGGUGAAGAAGCACUGGAAGUGUGGUUACGUCGAAUGUUCUGCAAAAUAUAAUUGGCAUAUUGUACUUUUAUUUAAAGAAGUAAUGAGAAUUCUCGAUAAUUUGGAUUCGACAUACAAACCUUCGAGUGGUGCCAGCCGGUUUGAUGGCCUUCAAGGUUCUCUUCAUAACAACAAGUGCAUCAUCUUGUGAUGUUGGAUUGUUCGAUACGUGUUCCGCUCAAUUAUAAAAUUAAAUAUGUUCAGAAAAGCCAAUAUAUUAUAUAUUUAGAAGUUUAUACUUAAUGUUAUAGACAUCUAGGAUGUUAAAAAACAUACGUAUUUUCGUUUACAUUACGUAGUUAAUGUGCCAAAUUACGUUACGCUGAUGCAUUCGACUUCCAAAAAAAACACAGAAGAAAUUGUUUUCCUUUCGACUAAUUCUUGCUUCUUCGAGCUACGAGAAUUACACGAAAGGUCGAAACAAUGCUCUAAUUUUGUAUAAUUAAAUAUUUCUAUCGGCUGUAUAAUGUUAUACUCAUUGUUGCAGGAUAUCAAAUUUUUAUUUUCUAAUUUUAAUACUAUAUAUAUGUACAUAUAUCUAUAUAUUAUAUUAAUAUAAUGUUAAAA